AUGCUCGUCAAGGCUUUCACCGCCGCCGGCCUGGUCGCCGUGAGCAGCGCUCACAUGAUCAUGAUCAGCCCUGUCCCCUAUGGCAAGUCCACCCUCAACAACAGCCCCUUGGACGCGAGCGGCUCCGACUUCCCCUGCAAGAUGCGCGCCAACACCUUUGCCGACGAGGGCGCCAGCAACGUUUUCCCGCAGGGAAGCACCCAGCAGCUCCAGUUCCAAGGCUCGGCCGUCCACGGCGGCGGUUCUUGCCAAGUCUCCGUCACCACCGACGCCGAGCCCAACAAGGACUCUCAGUGGAAGGUCAUCAAGUCCAUUGAGGGCGGAUGUCCCGCCAAGGACACCGCUGGCAAUCUGCCGGGCAACAGCCCUGACAUCAAGAGCGGCAACAAGUACGAUUACACCAUUCCCAAAGAGAUGCCUGUCGGUAACUACACCCUCGCCUGGACCUGGUUCAACAAGGUCGGCAACCGAGAGAUGUACAUGAACUGCGCCCCCCUCACCGUCCAGGGCUCGGGCGGCUCCGAAGGCUUCUUGCAGACGCUGCCCGACAUGAUGGUUGCCAACCUCAAGUCUGUCGGCGACUGCUCCACCAAGGAGGGCACCGAUGUCCAGUUCCCCAAUGCCGGCCAGGAUGUCGACAGGCCCAACGGCGAUGGCAGCCUUGGCCCCCCCAGUGGUAACUGCAAGGGUGGCGGCGGCGGCGGCAAGAAGCCCGCCCCGACCAAGCCUGGCUACGGAAGCGGCUCGCCCACCAGCAACGCAGGUGCCUAUCCCGUUCCCACGCAGCCCGCCGGUGGCUCUCCCAACGUUGGCUCGCCCACCAGCAACACCGGCGUCUAUCCCACGAAGCCUGUCGGUGGCAUUCCCAGCGGUGGCUCUCCCAACAGUGGCUACCCCAACGGCGGCUCUCCCAAUGGCGGUUCCCCCAAGGGUGGUGCCUCCGGUGUUCCCGGCGGCGUCUUUAUAACCGUCCCCAAGGGCGGCGCCGCGGCCACGGGCGUUCGCCCCGGCGCGACCGGUCAUCCCCAGAGCCCUGCGCAGCCUAAACCCGCUACGCCGGCCCCGAGCAGCGACGCCGGCCCCUCGCCAGCUGGUGCCCACGCUCCCGGCACUCCCUGCGCCUCCGAGGGCGACUGGAACUGCGUCGGCGGCUCCUCCUUCCAGCGCUGCGCCAGCGGCACCUGGUCCGCUCUGUCGCAGAUGUCGUUGGGCAUGAAGUGCGGCUCGGGCGAGUCGGCCGACAUCAAGAUGGCGGCUGGCAACGCCAAGCGGACGAUCCGCCACGCCCUUCGCUUCGCGGCCUAG